AUGACUAAAAGUCAAGUAAGCAACGAAAUUGACUUGGAUUUUAGUGAUGAGGAGGAGGAUGAAGAUUCAUCUUCCUCUUCGGAAAGUAGUAGUGAUGAUGAUGUAGUGGUCAUUUCCGAUGAUGAUGAUGAAAAUAAUGAAAAUCCACUAAAACGAAAAUUCCAAGAAAAUAGUAAAACCAAUAAUCAUCAAGAGGAAAAUAAUGAAAUUAAUCAUCAACUAGUAGUAGUAGGAGAUGAUGAUGACUACGAGGUUGAAGAAGUGGACAUUACAGAAAUUGAAGCCAAAAGAAGAAGACCCAAUCUUGUUAACAAUUCCGAAAAGUACUUUUUCCAAUAUAUUCCCCUCUAUCAGAUGAGAAUUAUUGUCAGUUAUUUGGAUUUAAAUUCAAUUUUGAAAUUCUCUCAAACGUGUUCCUAUUUGAGGAGUGAAUACUUGAUGAGAAAGGAGUUUUGGCAAGGAUUGGAUGAAAUGAAUUUCCUUCCAACAAUUUCAAAUGCUUUGGUGUUUGAUUCUUCGACGAGUUCAACAUUGGGAAUGGCAAUCUUGUCAAAUAUUUCUCUUCCUAUUAGUAAUUUCACAACCUUGAGGUCUUUCUUUUCAAUUUAUUUGGAACAUUUCCCAUUUUUAGUGAAUGUGACGAGAUUGGUUUUGGAUUUUGAAAAGUACAUGUAUAUUUCAUUGGAAAGGAAUGAUAUUCAAUAUUUGGCAGAGUCUUUUACCGAGUUGUGUGAUUUACAAUUAUUGAAUAUUAAAUUUAAGGAUGUUUCGAAUGAAUUGAGGAUUAUUAAGGAAUUUCUAGCUCAGACCAAUGUUAAAAGAUUGAAAAUUUCAUUUUUCACAAAUGAUGCCAAUCAAAAUUUAUCAUUUAUUGCCAAUCAGGGGUUUAAUGAGUUUAUAUCGAGUUUAAAUAGUUUGGAAUCUUUACAUUUUGGAUUUAACAAGAGGGGAAACAUAACAUGUUAUGAGUUUAGUAAGAAUGAAUUAUUGGCGAUCAGUAAUCAACUAGGGACAUCAUUGAAGAGUUUUGGAUGUCAAAAUAUUACAAUAGAAGAUUUUGUGAAUACAUUUUUCCAAAUUGAAAGAGAAGAAGUUUUGCCACAAAUGGAAGAAAUUUUGAUUGGGGGUUUGAAUUGCAUACAGCCAUUCAAUUUACCAACCAUUCCAAGAAAUAAUUUAACCAAGAUGGUUAUUGAAGCAUUUCGCACAAAGGAAGCAAGAGAUAUUCAGAAAAUUCUCAAUAAUCUUCCAAAUUUACAAUACCUCAAUGUUUCCAUAAUUCGACCAGAUUCUAACACUGAAGUAGAUGGGAAAGUAAUUCUCAAAAGCAACUCUCUGAAACAGCUACGUUUCAUUAACUAUCCAGUUUGCUGUAGAGAGAGUCUUGUACAGUUGGAUUUACCAAAUAUAGAAAAGUUAAUACUUCAAAAUUUUGGAGAGCUCAUGGUGCUGAGUGAAUUGAAAAAAUUACAAAAUUUACGAAUUGCAAAUUCUUUCAUGUUCAAUGGACACUUGAAUGCACUGCUUGGAAAAUGUUCUGACUCUUUGACUGAGUUUAGAAUUAGAGAUUGCUUUAAUAUUCGAUCGAUUCAUAUUCUCAAAGAUCCAUACGUGAAUAAUUUUGUACAGCUGAGAACUUUGAAAAUCUCUUCCAUGCCUCAACUCGAAAAGGUAUCAAUUGCUUGUGUGGGACUUCAUUUAAUUGAAAAUAAUGGAAUAGUUCUCGAGAAACUCUCCCUGAAACAUGUAAAAAGUCUAAGAGAAUUCAGUUUUGAAUUGGGAGAUCGUGAGAUUUAUCCACAAAUUCGCCACAUCAAACUUUCCAAUUGUAAUGGAUUGAGAAGUAUGACACCAGAACCAAUGAUGCAUACAUUCGAAUCACUGUUCUAUUAUGGAGAUUUUGAGUCACCUCUGUGGACCUAUCUGUCAAAUCAAUAUGAAAACAUGAAGGCAUUGAAGAAGCUACACUUUCACAUUGAAAGCAAUAUGAAACACAUUUCAUCGGUGAGAAUGUCACGUUUAUUGAUGAAUAUCAAUAAUUUAGAGGAGUUUGGUUUGUCAUCUAGAUUUUCCAAUGACUCAUUCGUUUUCAAUAUAGACCACAAGAAUUUGAGAAGAUUGGAGAUUUUACUAAAGCAGGCAACCGAUGUGAAAUUCUCAAUAUUUGCACCACUUCUUGAAAGCUUGAACAUUACCUAUACCUCCUACGUUUAUCUGAAAUCUAAUUUAUUGAAAGAUAUCAAUGCAACCAAUUGUGAAAUUAAGGAAUUGGUCGUACAAAAUGAGGCAAAGGAAAACGCCUUCUCUAGCGUCCACUCUCUAACAUUAAGGAGUUGUAACAUUGUGAAUUUUAGACAAAGUAUUCCACUCUUUAAAAAUCUGAAAAGGAUUGCAAUUCAUGAGGGAAAGGUUGGACCGAAAUUUCAAGAGGUUUUGAGUGAGUUAUCAAAUUUGGAAAGUUUAACAUUUGAUGGAGAAAUUCCUUCAAUUAAUAUUCUUCCAUCGAUGAGGGUAUUAAGCAUGAAUAGUGGAAAUGUCAAAUCAAUAAUAAUACCUGAAGGAUCUAAUUCUCUCAUCAAGAUGAAUGUAUCUUCAUGUACUCAACUGACACAACUCAAAUUCCAAUCCAAAAAAUCAACACUUCCCUAUCUGGCAAUUGUUGACAUUAGAGGAACUAGUCUUAAUGAAAAGAGUAUCAAGACACUUGUUGCAAGAUCACCCAAUCUUAAGAAUAUUCGUGCCAGUAACGUUCCAUUAGACAAGGAUUUGGGAAGAAGAAUUAGAAAGUCAAAUCAGAAGGCAAGUUUUGAAAGCUUUUAG